AUGUCGGCUCACCGCAACUCGCCCUCUCCAGGAGGAGAUAACCCCGCGGUGUUAGACCAAGGAGACUCCUCCUCGGAGUUCAGCGAGCCCGCUCAGAAGGUUCAAUCAGCGCCAAAAGCAGCUUUCUCCUACUUCAGUAAUGUCACCUGCCGAUCCCAGUUCAAGAGACAUGUCGCCAAGGUAGGAGGCACUGGAAAACUUGCCGACAUUCGAGCCGCCCGGGGCACAGAUUCCGGGAGUAAUUGGAGCACGGAACAUUUAUUUGGCUUUCGUGUCUUGGUGAAAGGCAAGGGUCCAUGGAAGAGGACGCUGCCCUCUCUCAAUAAGUACGUCACCCUCAAGAGCUUCCGUACCGUCUCUGAUGAAAUACGAAACUUCCUGGCCGGGCCCAGCGACGACUACUCUCGAAUGACAGAGUACGAACUGGUCCACCGGUAUGGCGUAUCUCUUGGUCAAACCUGGGCCGCGGCGGCAAAGUUUGCCAACUCUUCCUUGAAAACUCCGACAACUACGAGCCCUCUAAUUAGUGAGACGAUGCCAUGUGAAAAAGAGGAGGAGGAAGACGAGGAAGACGAGGAAGAGGAGGAAGAGGAGGAAGAGGAGGAAGAGGAGGAAGAGGAGGAAGAGAUUGAUAAGAGUGAGGAGAGCCGGUCCUCGAAGAAGAGGCCAGGAGAGUACGGAGAUGUGGAGGAAGUGUCGACAAAAUGCAUCCGCAUACAACGGCAAUUCAAAAGUUACACCCCUUCCGGCCAAAUAGACGUGGGUUCCACUUCUGCCCCCCCUUCAAGUUCGACACUUCCCUCGUCGCCCCCUUGCAUUCCCAGCCCGGAAAAUGUCAGCCACGGAGACGGGCCACGCGAGCAGGCAACCUUGCGUCUAGCCACUCUGGCUAUACGGCACAUUCUAUAUCAUUGCCCUCCCCAGGACGGAAGUAAUGUCAACGGCGCCUGCAUCGAAGCGGCAGUGGACAUUAGGGAUGAGUACCUUCUGCGCAGGGCGCAGUUGUUCCAUGGGAAAUGGAUCACUGCGGAGGACGAUGGCGGCCUCCUUAUCGUAAAUAAUCGAGAAGCCCUACACCACCAGAGACCGCUGAUCCUUAUCGAAGCGAAGAGGAGGUUUGGGAAGGUCGCCGACGGCCGCCCAGUCAUUUCGAACGAGUGUCUCGCACAGAUGACAUGCGAGGCUCUGUCAGCGAGACUAGAGAGUCCGGAGUCCCCAGAAAACGUCGUUGUCAUCAACUGUGUCCGUCAAUAUAUGUGUUUUGUCAAUUUUAAAAUUGACCACGAGUACAUCCGGUCCCUGAGGGACAAGGCAGACCAUCUGGAUAGUUUCAUCAGGGUUAUUCCCUCGGAGUGGCUCGACCUGAUGGACCAGUCCGGCAGAGAAGGGCUCGUUCGGAAUAUCCACGGCAUUAUGAACUGGGCAAUAGAAACGGUCGGGGGCGCGGCGGCUGACCCAGAAGAUGCAUCUUAA